GUCGUUUCGGGUCACCUUUGUAUCUUGAAGCGGCGCAGACUCGUGGGUUUCGCAGCAUGAACGCAAGCAGCGUCGUGACGCCGGUGCCGGACACGGCCGAGCCCAAGGCGGCCGACGAGGCGCGGCUGCCGGCGCUCGCUGCCACAAAGCCGACAGUCACCGAUGCAGAGCUCGAUGACAUGCGGGCCAAGAUCCGAGUGCACAUUGGAGAGUCCAUUCGCGUGGCGCGGGCCCAGAAACGGCGGCAGCAUCGGCGCAUCUGCGGCCUCUCGCGCGCCGACGUCUUUGAGUGGGUGCGGUCCGUGCUCUGCUGCUCGGACGUCGACGCCGCGACGGCGACCGACGAUUCGGACGCCAAGAUCCUCUCGACCAAGAAAUUUCUCGGCGGCGUCGAAGAGUUUGCUUGCCUCACGGACCGCGAACUCUCGCAGCUCGCGCGCCUCACAGAAUUACGCACCUAUCGACGGGACGACGUGGUCUUGCUCAGCGAGGACAAGGCGGAUGGUCUGUACAUCAUUUUGUCGGGCAAGGCGUCGCGCUGCGUGCUGAGCGAAGGCUCGAUGGACAUGGCCAUUGAACCCGAGAUGCUCACGUACCAGGAAACCUUUGGCAUGGACGUCUCGCCCACCAUCGACAAGGACGCAGAGACCAUCGAGACUAGCAUCACGGCUGUGUCGCCGGAGCUCGAAUGUCUCUGGCUGCCGACGCUGGUGAUCCACAUGCUAAAUUUGCAGCCGCGCCUCGAGUACGAGUUUGUGCUUAUUCUCAAAAACACCGAAGACAUUACCGAUACCGAGUACAAGCAGCAGGAGACGAUCCUCUCGAGCAUCCUCCAGGCGGGUAUUCACGUGACCGUCAUGGCCAACUCGCGCAAUACGACCGACAAGAUCAUCUUGCUGCUGAGCGCGCCCUUGUGGCUCCUCGCCCGCGAAGACAAGCUCAUGAAGAUGGAGCGCAUCAUCGAGUACCACUCGGAAGAAGACGCCAAAUCCCUCGGCGACGAGUACGGGGCGAACGCCGAGGCGCUGACCGCCGCCGAUCGGCUCUCUGCGUUUGCGUCCAUCUUGACACGCCCCGCGACCGACAAGCCGCCAGGCGCGGGUCUCCGUGGCAUUGAGAACAACCAAGACUCGAUCAUCCACGACGUCUUUCCGCUGCACGACCCAAGCAUGUCGGACUUCAUCACGUCGUCGUGGUACAAGGAGGCGCUCUCGGCGUCGACGCGGCAGCUGUUUUUGCUGCGCACGAAGGACCAUUUUGGCUUGCGCAUCGCCUUUUACACGGCGUUCAUCCGCCUCUACUGCGCGUCCCUGAGCAUGCCGUGCAUCGUUGGCGUCCUCCUCUGGGUGCUCUGGCGCCACAUUGACUACACGUCGUACAUGCAGGCGAUGGGCAUCUACGGCCUCCUCGUCGCGCUCGUUUGGGCGCCGAGUGUGCUCAAGCGCUGGACGCGCUACCAGUACUCGCUCCUCGUCGAGUGGGACCUUCUCCAAGCCAAAGAGGUCGAGUACCCCAACCCAGAAUUCAAAGACUUUGUCGUCGAGACCAUCAACGUGGCCAACGAAGACGACGCACCCGACUAUGUGGACGUCAAGGUCUACGACAACCGGCGCCGGUACCCCAAGUACAUUUCGUUCUUUCUCUUCUCGCUCGUCUCGUGCGUGCUCCUCUUUGGCUUUGUCAUGCUCUAUGCGCAGUGGUACAUUGUGGCCGUCAUGACGCCGCUCUGCGUCGACCCGCGCUGUCCCGUCUACCUCAGCAACAACCUCUGCGAAUCGCAGUGCCAGUCGCUCGUGGUAUCGGACGAAACGUUCAACUUUUUACACCCAAUUCGCAGCUCGCCCUUGGGCUGCGCUGGCUACUGCAACACGUCAACGUUCGAUGCCGCGUACUAUAGCUGCGACACGCCGCUCGUGGGCUGCUUCAACACCGAGCGCGGCAUUGUCGGCACCGCGCGCUGGACGUACGUGCUGGUGCAAGGCAUUGUGCUCGGCUUGACGCUUGACAUAAUCUUCCUCGCGGUCUUUGAGCUCAUUGCGUCCGUCUUCAACAAGUGGGAAAACUACGCGACGCUCCAAGAGUUUGAGCGCCGCUACAUUGAGAAGAUCUUUCUCUUCAACUGGGUCGGGUACUUUUACUGGUUCUUCCUCCUCGCGUUCCUCUACACGCCGUACGGCGACGAGGUCCAAACGUAUAUUCGCAACAAUAUCGAUACGAUCGGGUGGCUCACAGGCUACGGCAGCCUCAAGUUCAGUCGGUACUGGACCAAGGGAUUGGUCGCGAUGGAUUCUGCGUUUGUGACACCGCUCAUUGUGACCCAGGCGCUCAACCUCGUCAUCAAUACGUUCGUGCCCUACUUGCUCCGACAGGCUGUCAUUGGGGCGCGGGACCGGUAUCUUGUCGGCAAGGACCAGCUGAGUCUCCAAGCCGCCAAACUCAAAAACAAUUUCAAAGCGCAGCAAGCGGUCCUCACGCAUGGAGUGGCGCAGACGACCCAAACCGCGGCCGCCAACGUUCGGCGCACGAGUCGCCGGGCGCUCGCGCUACUUCGCCGCGGUCCGACCAAAGUCCUCGAAAUGCCCCACAACGAGCCCAACGUCCACGACGCCGACGAGCUCAACGAAAUGGAGAAGGAGGAGCUCGCACAGCACUUGGCCGAGAAGAAGCCGAUCAAAGCCGGCGACGUCGAAGCCACGAUCGAAGGCCUCUUUGCCAAUUUGUCGCGUCACCAGAACCGCAUGAGCCAGAUCUGCUUCAACAUUCGCCGCGACGAGCUCGAUGCGUACCAACUCACGAGCUACGAUUGGAUCGACAAGAUGACGCAAGACAUUGAGCACAACAAGCGGCACGACAGCAUUUGGGAAGACCCGAUGACGAAAGCGGCCAAGCCCGAGCAGCACGCGCUGCGCCUUCGGCUCAUUAAGGAUUGGCCCUGCCGCAACUACAGCUACACGGCCGACCGGAUCCUCGAAGAGUCGAGCAUGCCAGUGUACUCGCCAUCCGGCGACCUCCUCCACAUGGCCAUCCAGUUUAGCUACGUGGUCAUGUUUUCGGUCGUGUGGCCGUUCUGCGCCCUCUGCGCGUACUGCAACAACUGGGUCGCCCUCCGCUUUGACGCGAUCAAGAUGACGAUCGACUGCAAGCGCGCGGUGCCACGCCGCAGCAUUGGCAUUGGGCCGUGGUACGGCGCCUUCAUGUUUGAGACGCUCGUCGCGACGAUCGCAGUGCCCGCGAUCUUUGUGUACGUCACCGGUCAAAUGGACUCGUAUAUCUGCGUGAUCGAUACGCUCAAUUACGGCCCGGUCGACAAUUGCUAUUCGCUGCUGCAGCGUCUCUUGGCUUUUUGCUGCCUUGAGAACGCCGGCAUUGCCAUUUGCUUUCUCGUGUACCUCCGGAAGAGCAACAUCUCGACCGAGACGUCCAUCAAGAUUCAAGAGCACUCGCGCCGCCUCAAGCACAACGUCCGGAAGAGUGUGCGCACGAUUGGCGAGCACAUCCUCGUCCAAGUCUACGGGCAAGGCCAUCUUGGCGAGUGGCGCCAAGGCACCGUUGCAUGGGUCAAGAACGGCCGCGUCAAAGUCAACUUUUACGCGUCCAACGGGUUUAGCAGCGACGGGCACUCGACCGAGCACGAAGUGUGGCUCCAACACGAACGCUACGCACUCAAGAACCCGACGCCGGUGCGCAUUUUCGAGGCGCAGAUGCCCGUCUUGCUGGCGUCGACGACCAAAGGCCGGUGGCUCCAAGGUCAUGUUGUGCACCUCGACACGGUCGAUCGGCUCGGGAAGGAGCUCAUCCACCACCCAAGCGAGAUGCACUUGUCGAUCCUCGAAGGUCGCAACUUGCGCUCGUACAUGAUGCGCAACGUCCUCGACCCGUACAUUGUGUUGACGUGCGGCAGCUUCAAGCACAUGACGUCCAUCAAGCGCCAUACGCUCAACCCGCUCUGGAACGAACACUUGAUCUUUCCGCUGCAUGAAAAAGAAGUUUUCAAAUCGGACGCCAAGCCCGAGACGAUCAAGCUCGUCGUGUACAACCACGACACGCUCUCGCUGGGCGAGUGCAUUGGCGAAGGCGAGAUCGAUCUGAGUGCGCACCGGGACGGAACGAAGGCCAAAAUCUGGGUCUCGCUGACGCAAAAGAAGAAGCUCAACAUAGAGAUGCUGGGCAGCGCCGUGCAUAAAAUGGCGAUGGGCGACCCGCUCGAGCCGCAGAUCUGCGUCGAGCUUCAAUGGAUCGACACGCGCUUGCCCACGAGCGUUCACGUGCAAGUGGACGCAGAUGGCGCCGGCGCGCCGCCCCGCGUCCUCAACCGCAAGUUUUGCGAAAAGCGCCUCUGCUACGGCAUCCAGCACGACGAGAUCCUCCAAGGCCGCAUCUUUAACGCCACCGACAUGUAGAUGCGUGUAUAAUGUAUGUUGAAUACCAUUUGAAUCCAAAGCUACUCGGUUUCUGCGCCGCGA